CCCCGCCCCGACACCACACCAUACAAUGAAUCCACUCAACAACAGUAUGAGCUGGCGGCGCCGCGUUUCGAGCUUCAAAAGUCCAGGCCUGCCAUCCUCACCGCACUCGCCCUACCCCAGGCGGCAUUGAAUACAUAUCUCAGCCGUCCCGCCCCCCCUACAUCUCGCAGUCAACCCCAGAAAAUAUAGUCGCAGCCCUGUGUAACUGGUUCACACGUCCAGCCCGCCAGCAUGCAGUCUGGCAUCUCCGCCUCCCAGGAGCUCGUCUCCAAGUUCAACACCCUCCUGUCGUCCGAUGACCAGUUUGGGCUCCUCAUUACGAUCGACUCGGAGACCCUCAAACCUGUCCAAUUUCUGCCCAAGGCCGCUCCAUCCGCCUCUUUUGACGACAACCUUGCCUCUCUCCAACCUCACCUCAAGCCUAAUGAAGCUCUCUACGCCCUCCUCCGCCGACACGACACGGCUCCCCACCUCACCGCCGUGACCUACGUGCCCGACUCUGCCAAGGUCCGCCAGAAGAUGCUCUUCGCCUCUACCCGCCUGACCCUCGUCCGCAAGCUCGGUUCCGAGCACUUUCGCGAGUCGAUUUUUGCUACAACCCCGGAGGAGCUGUCUGCCAACGGCUUUGCCAAGCACGAUGCUCACACGGAGCUCGAGGCCCCCCUGACCGAGGAGGAGCGCAGCCUCGGCGCCGUCAAGCAGGCCGAGCAGGAGGCGAGUACUGGCACCGGAACUAGGGAGAUCCACCUGAGCAAGACCAUGGCCAUGCCCAUUGCCGAGGAUGCCCUUGCGGCUUUGAAGGAGCUGUCUCCCGGAGGCGGCAAGAUCUUAGUGAUGCUGAAAAUCAACCCCGAGAAGGAAGCCGUCGAGCUCGUCCCCUCCAACGAUAGCCCUUCCAGCAUCACUGAACUCACCCAGACCAUUUCCCCUACCGAGCCGCGCUUCACCUUCUACCGCUUCACCCACAGCCACAACGGCGCCGAGACGAGCCCUCUGCUCUUCAUCUACACCUGUCCUGUGACCCCCGGCAACAAGGCCAUCAAGAAUCGCAUGCUGUAUCCUCUUAUGAAGCGUGCCGUUCUUGCGGUCGCAUCCACCGAGGCCGGGUUGACGCUAGACAAGAAGCUCGAGGUCGAGGAGCCGAACGAGAUCACCGAAGACUCGGUCCUCUCGGAGCUGCACCCCAAGGUGACGGCCAGACAGGGCUUCAACAGGCCUAAAAGGCCCGGUCGCUAGAAGAUACGCGUGACAUGACGUUUGCUGUUGUGGGAGUUGUGGUUCGAAAGAGACCCCAGUUUGAAUUAGAAGCGUGCAAAAGCAUUUAUUGGAACACAACCCCCGAGCCUGUAGAUCGGGCUGAUGAUAGACACACAAUUCCAUCCGCAAUGCAUUACCUCUAUGAAAGA